UCGUCAGCAACGAAAGGGCUCCAUUUUAUUAUUAGUGCGUAAGUCAAAACCGCCCAUUCCUCAACGCCUCGUUCAUAGCUCUCGCCCCUUCGCCCGUCCGCCCGCCCCAAUCACCCUCAAUUGGGCCAAAAAGCCAUGUGUUGUUGGCUCGAAUAGGCGUUGGACGAGUCACCCCUCUAGGCCUUGGCCUGGCUUGGGGAUACUUUAGGAAUGCAGCAAAAAGACUGCAUAUGGACGAAAAGGAGAUGUCUAUAAACAUACACAAGACGGAUUGCUGACCAGGAAACGCACUGCAGUCGAUAUUAAUAUUUGAAUUUUGUCAAAUCUUCUUGUAACCUUUUCUCCAACCACAAGAAAGCAACUUGCCCGUACAUAUACCGAAAGGGAUCUUUUUCGACACCGGUUCAGCAUAUAUACAUCCCCAUAAAUCACAAUGCCUUCGUUCAAGAGCACCGUCUUCGCCGUCGCUGCGGCCUUUGUCGCCACGGCCCAGGCCGAUUACUACGUCGAGCCCUCAUCCGUUCCUCUGGCCACAAGAAAGGCCUGGUGCGCCGACGAGAAGAACACAUGCCCCAUCAUCUGCCAGCAGGUCGAGCCCCGUACGACCCUGGUGAACGACUGCGACCCUGAAACCCUCACCUACGGCUGCAUCUGCGGCGACAAGAACCAGCCCAACAUGACCGAGUACUCCCUCACCCUGCCCUACCACGUCUGCCAGGAGUUCGGCAACCAGUGCGUCAAGGCCUGCGGCCUCGGCGCCAACCAGUGCGCGUCAAAUUGCCGCCAGAACAACCCCUGCGGCGCCCAGAAUCCCACCCGCCAGAACUCGACCUCCACCGCCGGCACGGCCACCGCCUCCGCGACGGCCUCUGAGACGAGCGGCGCCAUCUACACCGGCCUCGGCGACUCUGGCUCCUCCUCUUCCGGCUCGUCGUCCGGCAGCGGCGCCGCGGCCCUGGAAAUGGGACGCAGCGCUGGCUUGGCUGUCCUCGUCGGUAGCUUGAUUGGCGGUGCUGCUCUCCUGCUUUAGAGUGAGCACGCUUGCCCAAACAAUUACGGGGGAUCAAAGAAAAUAAAGAAGAGAAAAGAGAUGGAAGUAGGAAGAAUGGUGGAGGAAGAAGCGUCGUUUAUUGCCGUGUGUUCUGUCACGUCCGCUCUUUUGAAUACCCUCUUGCACAAAGUUUUUUU